CAUAAUCCGACCCACUCCGAACGUUGACCAGCACCCUCACCAUGCACGCCUCUCUCAUCCGCCGCCAGCUCGGAGGCCUCGUCCCACCCAAAAUUGCUACACCUAAGCUCGUCUCUAGCGGCUCGGGCGCCUCACUUGGACCCCUCGUAGAGUUCUACUCAAAACUUCCUAAAGGUGAAGCCACGCCUCGUGUUAGCGGAAUCAAAGGGCGAUUCUUUACCGGAAAGAACGCGUCGGGAACACCGCUUGUGGCUUUAAUUGUUGGGCUGUUUGGUAUUGGAUAUACCAUUGACUACAACAUGCACUUGAAACACCAAAAGAACCACGCCCAUUAGAUGUUCUUUAUGAGACGUACCGUAAUGGAAUAGAUCGUGUGCAGUGGGUGCUCAAA